UUUGCAUCGUGCAUUGCCGCUGCAAAACCCUCCGCGUGAGAAGUCGCUCCAACCAGAAACAUGUCGUGGGCCAAGCACAAGAAGAUCCUGGCGAUGGCCAAGGGCUACCGAGGUGCCGCCAACUCGUGCUACCGAACGGCCAUCAACCGUGUGGAGAAGGGGUUGCAGUACCAGUACCGUGACCGAAAGCAAAAGAAGCGUGACUUUCGCUCGCUGUGGAUUGAAAAGAUCAACGCCGGGGCCCGCCAAGAGGGCUUGUCGUACUCCAAGUUCAUCGGGGUCUUGAACUCGUCGGACAUCCAAUUGAACCGCAAAGUGUUGGCCGACAUCGCCGCCACGGAACCGUACAGCUUCAAGUCCAUCAUGGAAGUCGUCAAGGAGCUCAAACUGAACUAGACAGUCUCCCCAGAAAACUAAAUCUGAACCGAAUGUUAUAUUAUCGACACCUCACAACAAC